AUGGCGGGAUGUGCACCUAUCUUUCAGCCGAUUGCACCUGGAGGGCCAGUGGCCGUGCUCCUACUCAUCGAAAACUCGCGGGAAAUGGCUUCGUGCUGGUCGGAACUACGAGCGCACUACCUGCCGACUCUGCUCGGGACCAUGAGGGUGGCGAACCCGGUUGUCCCGAUUCAAGUGUUGUUACUGCCAACUAGUCCAGCGUCAACAUCUGUCGAUAAGUCGAAGACCGGUCAGAUGGAAUACAAUGAACAGCUCGAGAUCGGUUUCAACUUGGACCCACAGAAUCGUAUCAUGCCUUCCGUCGUUCAACGUGCUGUUCACUCACUGGCCACGACGUUCGAAGGCAUACCAUCCACACGACAUCUCAUUGUCAUUGCCGCUUCAGAUGCAGCGGUGGGCACAGACAUAGGCUUGGUGUCUACCGUGCACACCGGUGCGGAGUGGCAAAUGCUCUCGCAAUUGCUCGUUCAUCACAAUAUUCAAUUGCACAUGAUUUUGCGAGCAAACCAGAAGAUGGACAUACUGACUGACUUCUUCUAUCGGACGGGACCUAUCCAGCUUCGAGCUCAGGGUAAAGCGGAGGGGACUCCUUGGUUUCAGACGGACGAACAAAAGUACAGGCUACUUUUGUCUACGGAACGUAAAUAUCCGUUGUCUGUUGCAGAUAUGAUGUCCAUGAGGGCAUCUAUGAAUACCGAGCCGACAUCAUACGCGUUGUCCACAGUUACUCCAUCAUCUCCACUAUCGGAUCCAGAAAUCGUCUACCCUACUCAACCCGUUCGACAAGCGCUUCCGAGGAGCCAGACGUUUCCGCCUCCUGCGGCCCAACUACCUGAGAUUCCUGCGGCUGUGCCAUGCGGUGGCGGCAAACCAGAAGUAGAAGACGAUAAUCCUAAGCCAAGCCUCGUCACCCGCCUCAAGAAGAUACAUGGAAUGACUAAGAAACGCACCUACGGCGCCAAUGCGAGUACGCGGCCACCACUAACAAGGUCGGACCUAUCUGCAGGUGCACCUACGGGCGCGCCAACCGGCGGGAACAUCAGCCCCGGAUCGGCUCGCGCGCCGUUGCCAUAUCAUCGCAGCGCGGCAGCACGUGCGCAACACUUUAGUCCCGUCGAAGGACCCGCCCCUUUAGGGCCCCGUCGGAGAUCCAAAGCACAGGCGCAGCUCGAUACGAAGUUUGGUAAGGCUCCAUCGUUCCCCGACGAUGGUAGCUCCGUACCGUUGACUUCGCCGAUGUCAGACUCGACUCCCUCCUCACCUACGUCUUCGUCUACCGUCGACUCGGCGUCUUUCUCUGCAUUGACUUCGGGAGUAGUGACCCCGUCGUCCGGUGGGUCAAUGGCAUACUCCCACCAACAAGACUACUAUGCAUCGAAUGAUUCUUCGCUGGUAAAUACGGCUUUGCCUAGGUAUGCCGCUUGGACGGACGAUCGCAGCUAUCUAUACCCUCCCUCUGGAUUUGUCGAUACCACGUCUCACGUGGACAGCUCAGGUACCAUUAUCGAAUAUCCAUGGGCAGUCGAAGAAAGCUGGCAGGGCGGCCUUGCCUCGCAGGAAAUGCAGGAAACCUCCAAGACGGCGUCUGUCCCGGCCGCCUCAAACGCCCAGGCGCCUCUACCGAUUUCUGGGAUGCCGGUAGCUACUACCACUGUGGCCGCCAUCACUACAGACCGAGCUCCUGUGGGAUCUGGAUAUUAUGUCAAUUCUGAGCCUACAUCUCCUGCGAUCAUGGACGGUGACCAGCCGUUCAUAUUCAACCCGGAGUAUGAGGCUAGAGUGGCGGCUCGAUACGAGGAGACGAUGCGAGCGGCGGGCAUGUCCGCGCCCAGCUUGCCCCUGCAGCACCCUACUCAGACGGGUCCACCGCCGUUGACUGCUCCGCGUCCGUCGUUGUACGUUUCCACGCAUUCUUCUUCCAUGCAUUCAGCCCCGCCGUCGUUACAGGCUUCACCUAUUGUCACUCAUGAAACGUACCGCAACCGUAGUCCGCCUCUACAGGCCGGCAUUGCGUUCCCUCGGACUACUGAUGAGUCCGGGUAUUACGUGCCUCCGCCGGUACGACCGUACGGUGCCUUCGUCUGA